CGGAGGAGGUCGAGAUGCCAAUGCCGGCCGUGUGCGAGGAAGACGACUACGGCACGGUUGCAGAGGAAGAGCAAAUUUGCGAUGCAGUUGGGAACCACGAUGCAGCUUUUUCCCCUGCGGCUCCUUUGGCGGACCAAAAGGAAGAAAUGGUCGACAUGGACCACGACUGCAGCCUGUUACACUCCCAGGCCCUAAACAUGGAGCCGGAGCUGCAGUUUGGUGGUACGACUGAGAACGAUCCCCGCAUCGUUCAGAAAAAGAUGUUGACCCCUGCGAAGAGUGGCUCGACGACGUCCCAGAAGAACUCGUCUGCUACUUCCACCGGCGUGGUCUCUGGACAUCAAACCGGUCAUGAUCUCUACUUCGCAGGUUGCCUGGCGGCGCCAAGGGGGAAGAUCGACGAAGGGGAAAUCACGAUGGAAACGACGGAUCAUGAUGCCUCGAUCAACACGACGAAGUCCUUUCCCAAAUCGAAAAGCUCAGCUGGUGGUCAACAAGAACGUCUGCAAAAGCUGCCCCCCGUCGAAGACGUCGAACACGGUAUGAAGGAAGAUGGAGAAAAUACAAUUCUCUACACGACCUACGGUGCUGCCAAGAAGGAUCUGCGCGCAAAAGUGCGGACCCGACCGCUGGUCGGAGGAAACAAGAUGAUCCACGAGCCGUUCCUGCCGUUACAGCGUGGGAGAAACGUAAGCGAGGGCGAGGUGAAAUUGUUUUCGGAAGUGAUUAUGUCGGCGAACACGAAGACUCUGUCGAAAACCUCCACUGCCACGACGGAAAACAAAUCUGCCGCCUCUACUGGUUCAUCGUCGGUCCUCACGACGGCUUCCUCUAGCUCCUCUGGUUUCUUGUCAACCACCACGAGGAACAACAACUACAGUUCGAAGAUGCCCCACCAGCAAAUGUUGUACACCGAUGAUUUGAGCAUUUUGGUCCCAGCUUACGCACAAGGCAUCUCGUCGCAGAAGGACAACGUUCUUGCACCGCCUACCUUGCUGCACAUCCCCCGCGUCGUUUGUGAGGAAAAAGUGGAGCCGUUGUUUCUUGGGGGUUCCUCGACGUCGUCCUCGUCGACCAAAAAACCGCUGCGGCAACCGAAGCAACAGCGACCGGUGUGCCAUCCUGGUCCGGUGGAUGAACACAAGCGAUUGUUCGUGCGACCGAGUAGUGGUACGAAUAGAAGUACGUCUACAUCAGCGACCCAAACUACAUUUCACCGCGGCGGCGAAGAUUUCGUUGACAACAUGCCGGCGACAUUGACAGCCACACUGACAGCGUCGGCUUUUGAAGAAUCUUCUGCGUUCGAGAACAACGGCGCUACCGUGGAAUUGUUGAGUAAAUCCAAGACCACAACGACUUCUACCACUGCGACGGAAGGAACUGCUGCGACGGCGUUUGACCACCACGACACUUCCGCGGCCGAUGCGAGGAAAAACGUUUCCUCGGGACAACAAGAAGAAUUUUUCAAGCCAGUGGCUCCUGCGAAGAAGAGGUCCAGCACCUGGUUGUCGUGCAUCAUUGGUGCUGCCGGUGGAAAAACAACAAAGCGGACAGCUGCUCGUCGUGGUACUAUUGACAGAACCGAUUUCGCACAGUUGAACACCAAUGAUCCGACCAUCAAGCGGAUUUCUGUUUCCUCUGAACAGACCCAAUCCACUGCCUGGUCGUCGGGAAGCGAGAGGGCGUCGAUGGGGUCGAGUAAGAGCACGACUAGUACUGUCUCCAGCUGCUCGACGUCGCCCACGAACCAGCGGGGCAAGGUCAAGUUCUCGCAGGGGUUUAGUUUCGGCUUUGGCAAGAUGAAGAAGCAGAAUUUAUUUCAGUUGCAGAGCAACAGCAUGUGUGCACCGGCGGGGAUGGAGCGGUGCAAGAUCAGCUGCUAAUGAUUCGCAAUGGAACAACAGUCGUCCCAACCGCUUGUUCUGAAGAAGAUAAUAAAGCGAUGGACGAAUUGGAAUUUUCAUUUUGGUAACCGGAAAUAAAGCAAGUUUUGAAAGAGAUCAGUACCACCAUGACAGCAACAGAAGUUUUUGUGACAGAAGAUUUUGGCGUAAAGCACGUUUUUGAAGAAGCUCCUGCAAAGGUAGACGACCAGAGCAGCAGCAAGAAGUUUCGCCGCCAGGCAUCCAGACAACUGAAGAACAAAGGAAUCCAUCACCACUGAGACUCCGAGCCACGAUUUGGUUUUUUGAAUAACAGUGAGUUACCAGCGAAGAUACGUCAUACUUACCAUCCAGUCCCUUACCCAUCAUCAAACACACCCACAAAGAAGAAGUUCGAUGCACGACGUACAUGCAAGCGAUAUUAAGAAGUUUUUCGACAUGAAGUAGCACCAGCAGCAUCGCCACACCAUCACCACCAUCCCGACCACCAAAUCUUCAGCAGAGGAAUCUCAUUUGACACAGUUUUGGAGGAAAAGAAGAAGCACCAGAAAAGUUUUUGACGAACCACCAGCACGAAAGCCACCAGCUUCAUCCCGACCACAUCAUUAAUACACGCAGUUCAUUUUUUGUUGACGCAGUUUUGGAAAGCAGUGAAGAGCCAAUUUUUGAAGAAGUGAAGUACAAGUACACUACGACAUGAGCUUGAGGAUGAAGAAGCAGUUUGACAGUAAAACCGAGGAAUCUCCGUUCCAGAAAAGAAAAAA